GUGAUUCUGUUGCAAGGCCCCCAGAGCCCUGGCUGCAGGCCGGGGAGGAACAUUCCCGCUACUCUCCGAGAGACUCUCCCAGUGUAGAGACCCCAGCCUGUCCCGUCCCCCCCUUACUGGGACCCAGAGCCCUGCUCCCAGGCAGAUCCCCACGUGGAGAGAAGAUGCCGGUGACCUUUGAAGAGGUGGCUGUGUAUUUCACCGCAGGGCAGGGGGCUCUGCUGGACCCCGGUCAGAGAGCCCUCUACAGGGACGUCAUGCAGGAGAAUUAUGAAACUGUGAUCUUGCUGGCAGGACUCCCCAUUCCCAAACCUACCCUGAUUGCCCAGCUCGAAAGAGGGGAAGAGCCAUGGGUCCCGGAUCUCCAGGACUCCAAGGAAAGUAAGAACCCAAGAGGCACCCGCACAGCAGAUGAUGGGAGAAUGCGUGAAAACCAGGAGGGGAAUCCACAGCAGGAAGGUCCUGAGCAAGUGGAACUGCAGGGGAACUUUUUGAGAAGAGUUGAAGAGAACUUUUCCCAGUGCUUGGAACAGAGAAAAGCCUGGAGUAAUUGGCACAGGUCAGAGAGGAAGCUGGGAAACCACCCAAGAAAGCAAGUGCAUGAAUCCUUUGAAUCUGGGGGAGGAGACAAGGAUUCCAAAGAAACCACAACCCAGCAGACAAAUCCCAAAGAAAAGGAACCCUAUAAAUGCUUGGAAUGUGGAAAAAGCUUCAGUUGGAGCUCAAAUCUUACUGCCCAUCGAAGACUGCACACGGGAGAGAAACCGUAUAAAUGCCUUGAGUGUGGGAAAAGCUUCAGUCAGUGCUCAGGCCUUACUAGCCAUAGGAGAAUCCACACAGGAGAGAGACCCUAUAAAUGCCUUGAUUGUGGGAAAUGUUUCAGUGUAUCAUCAGCCCUUAUUGUACAUCAGAGAACCCACACAGGAGAGAAACCCUAUAACUGCUUGGACUGUGGGAAAAGCUUCUGUCUGCACUCAAGACUUAUAAACCAUAGGAGAGUCCACACAGGAGAGAGACCCUAUAAAUGCCUGGAUUGUGGGAAAAGUUUCAGUCAGCGCUCACAUCUUAAUAGCCAUGGGAAAAUCCACAUGGGAGAGGGACCGUAUAAAUGCUUAGACUGUGGUAAACGUUUCAGCGGACCAUCAGGCCUUAUUGCACAUCAGAGGACCCACACAGGAGAGAGACCCUAUAAAUGCUUGUACUGUGGGAAAAGCUUCAGUCAACGCUCAAGCCUUAUUACCCAUGGGAGAAUCCACACUGGAGAGGGACCAUAUAAAUGCCUUGAGUGUGGGAAAAGUUUCAUUAGACCAUCAGCCCUUAUUGUACAUCAGAGAACCCACACAGGAGAGAAACCCUACACAUGCUUGUACUGUGGGAAAAGUUUUAGUCAGCGCUCACAUCUUACUAGCCAUGGGAGAAUCCACACGGGAGAGGGACCACAUAAAUGCCUUGAGUGUGGGAAAAGUUUCAGUGCACCGUCAGCCCUUAUUACACAUCAGAGAACCCACACGGGAGAGAGAUCAUAUAAGUGCCUUGAGUGUGGGAAAAGUUGCAAUGCACCAUCAGCCCUUAUUGUACAUCAGAGAACCCACACGGGAGAAAAACCUUAUAAAUGCUUGGACUGUGAUAAAAGCUUCAGUCACAGCUCAAAUCUUACUGCCCAUUGGAGACAGCAUAUGGGAGAGAAACCCUGUACAUGCUUGGACUGUGGGGAAAAAAUUCAGUGGACAUGAGCCCUUAUUGUAUAUCAGAGAACCCACAUGGGAGAGAAAACGUAUAAAUGCCUCCACUGUGAGGAAAGUUUCAGUCAGGGCUCACACCUUAUUAGACAUCAGACAAUCCACACAGGAGACAAACCUCAUAAAUGCUUGGAUAAUUGGAAAAGUUUCAGUCCCAGCUCAUACCUUCAUAAAAAAUUGGAGAAUUCCCAUGGGACAGAAUCUAUAAAUACCUCAACUGUGGGAAAAGUUUUAUUCGAAGAUCAAACCUUGCUUCACAUCAGAUAAUGCACACAUGAGAGAGAACCCAUAAAUUUUUGGAUUGUGGGAAAAGCUUCAAUAACUGCAGGAAAAGAUGCCGUCUGAGCUUUCACAUUAUUUCUCAUCACAUAAUUCACAGAAGAAAGAGCUUGAAUGUGGAGGAAGCUUUAUUUGGUGCUCACAUGGCAUCAAGUAUCAGCAAAUCCACACAGAGAAGAUGUGUUUAGCAUGGAAAAUGCUUCAGUUGGAGCUAACACCACAUUGGACAUCAGAGACUCCUCCACACAGGAGAGAAAUUUCCUAAGUGCCCGGAUUAGGGCUCGCCAUAGUAAAAACUCCAUUUCCUUAUUCCCACACACAGAUAUCUAGCUGCCCAGCUCAGGGGGCAGGUUCCAGCAGCUGCUGACCCUUAGCUAACCGUAGGCAGAGGAGGAGAAGUCCCAAUCAGCCCUGUGACAGGUUGUGCGCUGCCCCCCUCCUCCCCUUAUCUGGGGAUGCCACAUGACGUACUGGGGUUCCACUGAACCUGCCCGUUCCACCAGCCAGGGCCCCCUCACCCUGUCCUGCUAAGCCAGGCUCUCCAACCUACUCUGGCAAACACACAGGUAGGGCCACAUCCUGCUGCAGAAAGACACAGACACUGAGAUUAGGCCUGCACAGGAAGACCCAGCUCAGGAAGUACCCAGCACUCCUGUGCACACUAUUGUAGGAGUACAAACCCAAGGAGUGAAUUGUCUUGUGCUGCACAGCGAACUGUGCAAUGUAAGCUCGUUGGUUGCCCCCCUUGAUGUGGAGGAAGAUAUGCACAGAUUCUUGCCCAUGCAAGUUAUGGAUUCCACAAACUGGCUUUAAGGUAAACAAAAUGAGUUUAUUAACUGUAAAAAUAGAUUUUAAGUGAUAAUCAGGGAUAGCAAACAGAUCAAAGCAGAUUACUUAGCAAAUAAAACAAACACGCAAACUAAGCUUAAUACACUACAGAAAUUGGCUACAGAUAGUAAUUUCCUCACCCUAAUGUUGCUUCAAGCAUCUUAUUUGCAGGCCAGACCCCGUUCCAGCCUGGGCCCAAUCCUUUCACUUGAGCCUAGUUUCAGGUGUUCACAGCAGUUAUCUCGGGCAGGGAUCUCCUCCUGAGAAGCAGGGACGGGCUGACUUUGAUUACUUCACUCCCCAGCCAUAAAUAGGACAUGUAUGGGACAAACCCAGCCCAGUCUCACAGGAACAAAGGACGCUGGCCUAGGCAGCAACAAAGGAUCUGUUGGACUCUCGAGUGAUUCACCCUCGUUCCCUUGGUCAGUCAGGGACUACAAUGAGGUAAUGCUCACCUGACCCUGAAGGGGUAGGGUGGGACAAAACCAAGAGGGAAGAAAGAAUAUCAUAAAAGGGAGAGACGUUUGCCAUGCUCUUCCUCGCUUUUCCACCUCCAUCUACAGACAUCACCACCAAGCGACUGAAGCGCUGAUCGAAGGGGAGAGCUUGGCUGAAGGGCAACCAGCCAGCCUGUGGUGAGAGACAUCUAAGUUUGUAAGGGCACUGAAAGUAUUAAGAUAUUCUUAGAAUGCAUUUUGCUUUUAUUUCAUUUGACCAAAUCUGACUUGUUAUGCUUUGAUUUAUAAUCACUUAAAAUUUAUCUUUGUAGUUAAUAAAUCUGUUUUGUUUAUUCU